AUGGAGCGCGUCGGCUACUUUGCAGUGGGGCCCGAUGCUCGCAUCGAGUCGCUUCCGUCAUUUUAUUUAAAGGACGUCUACGAAAGCCCUAUCGUGGCAGCCACUCGAGCUUUCCGCAAGAAGGCGUUGAAGGCGGCACUAUCAGAACCACGCUUCGUCAGUCGCAAGCGGCAGAUUGGGGAACUGGAAGAGCUGCGUGUGCAUGAGUCCUAUGAGGUCAUGAAGGUCAUUUUCAAGGACUACCAAAAGGCCUACGAGCGCGAGCUAGUCCAGGAUGCGACCGAUGCGGGGGCCAUGUGCAAGUUGAGCAGCCUGAACAUGAGGAGCAACCUGGAGGAAUACUUCAUGUCCGCGGAGGUGCAGAAGUUCAAGCUCAUGACGACGAUUGAUCAGGAGACCAUUAUCAGUGAAGAACCCCGUCUGGCUUCGUGGACCUUGUAUGCCGUGCCGUGCAUUGACUUCUCACCGUUGAUGGGGACCUUGUGUCUUUCGAAGAGCGAGAGCAAGGAAAUCUCCACUCAACCCUGCGAAGAGCUCAUGUUUUCCUCCGUGGAGGCAGCCUGCGCCAUGGCAUGCAUCCUGAGCCGGGGCGAGAUGAACAGCUUCGGGGUGGAGAUGCUCAAGAUUGGCGACCCGGACAGGCGCAAGCUUCGACACUUCAGCGCGCGCAAAUCACCGAUGGCUGAGUUUUGGGCGUCCGAUUU